GUUCGUUCAGUGAACGCGCAAGCGAAAUCUCACUCCUAGCCUAGGGGAACAUCCCUCUGCCUUUCUCCGCGGUCAGUUCUCCUCCAGACGGGACAAAUCAGAGCCAGCGCGGGCCAGGACGCCUCAACUUCACGAUCCAGGCGCGGCGGUCCAGAACCGCGCCACGUCCCGGAGGCUUCUGGGAAUUGCAGCCUGAGCUCGCAGUGCACACGCACGAGCGCGCGCAUUACCAUCCGCGGCUCACAGGAGACCUCCUGAUGAGGCCCACCUGUGAAGGACUGCAGGCGGCAAGAAACUAACAUUUGCUUAGUACCGGCACGACUCAGUGCUGAGUUCUUGGAAAGAAUUAUUUUGUGGACAGGAUUGUGCUGCUUAAUUUGGAGUGUGUGUAACAGACACAAACAGCUAUGGGAAACCACAGGAUGGACGUGAUGCCACUUCCUGGAGCAAUCCAUUUUACUUGAGGAAUCAGAAGGGAAGCGCCAAGCAAUGUACUUAUCUGCCCCUUCUUCUCAGCACUCUGCCCCUCUCCAGAUUUGAACCCUCAAGGGGGAGGAAAGGAUGCCUGCUGCACGUGGGAAAUCCAAGUCCAAGGCACCAGUGACGUUUGGGGAUUUGGCCAUCUAUUUCUCCCAGGAGGAAUGGGAGUGCCUGAGCCCCAUUCAGAAAGACCUAUACGAAGAUGUCAUGUUGGAAAACUACCAGAACCUGGUAUCUCUUGGACUUUCCUUUCGGAGGCCGAAUGUGAUCACCUUAUUGGAAAAGGGGAAAGCGCCCUGGAUGGUGGAGCCGGUGAAAAGACGCCGGGGCUUGGACUUAGGGUCUAAGUUUGAGACCAAGAAGUUACCUCCAAAUCAGUGCAACAAAUCUGGGCAAAGUGUCUGUCAGAAACCAGUUUCUGCACCACAAAAAGUUUCCAGAGGAAAGAGAGGCUGCAAGAAAAAUUCAGUCCUAAUAAAACCCAAGAAGAUUCAUUCAAAGAAGAAAUCUUUAAAGUGUAAUGACUGUGGGAAAUUCUUUAGUCAAAGCUUAUCUCUUAAACUUCAUCAGAACUGCCAUACUGGAGAGAAGCCUUAUGAAUGCAGUGAUUGUAGAAAAGCUUUCAGACAGAUCUCAUCUCUCAUUCUUCAUCAGAAAAUUCACAGUGGAAGGAAAAGCUAUGAAUGUGAUAAAUGUGGAGAAAGUUUCAUUCGAAGAACGAGCCUUAUUCUACAUGGGAAGAGUCAUGAUGAAAAAGAAAUCCUUGACUGUGGGAAGGAAUUGGGUCAAUGCCCACCUCUCAGUAUACAUCGAAAAAUUCACUUUGUCGAAAAUGUGUACCAGUGCAGAAAGUGUGAGAAAGCCUUCAUUCGAAUGUCAUCUUUUUUACUUCAUAAGAAAAUUCACAAUGGGAAGAAAAUGCACAAAUGCAAUAAAUGUGGUCGAGGCUUCAGGAAGAAAUCAGUCCUUGUUAUACAUAAAAGAAUUCAUACUGGAGAGAAAACUCAUGAAAAUGAGAAGGCCUUAAGUAUGAGUCUGCAGCAGAAAAGUCACCAUUUAGGGAAUCCUUAUAAAUGCAGAAAAUGUAAGAAAUCCUUUAGUAGGAUUUCAUCCAUUAUACUUCAUCAGAGAAUUCACAGUUCAAAGAAAGCCUACAAGUGUGAUAAAUGUGAGAAGGUCUUCAGACGGCUUUCAACUCUUAUUCUACAUCUAAGAAUUCAUAAUAGAGAGAAACGGUACAGAUGCAAUAAAUGUGAGAAGGUCUGCAAUCGGCAUUCAUCCCUCAUUCAGCAUCAGAAAAUUCAUGCAAGGAAAAAGAAACUGUUUGAAUGUAAGGAAUGUGGGAAGAUGUUUUCUGGAACUGCCAACCUUAAAAUACAUCAGAAUAUUCAUUCUGAAGAGAAACCUUUCAAAUGCAAUAAAUGUAGUAAAGUUUUUGGCCGCCAGUCAUUUCUUAUUGAACAUCAGAGAAUUCAUACUGGAGAAAAACCCUAUCAGUGUGAAGAAUGUGGGAAAGCCUUCAGUCACCGAAUAUCUCUAACCCGACAUAAGAGAAUUCAUACUGAAGACAGACCCUAUGAAUGUGAUCAGUGUGGGAAGGCCUUCAGUCAGAGUGCACACCUCGCCCAACACGAAAGAAUUCACACUGGAGAGAAACCAUAUACAUGCAAAACGUGUGGGAAAGCCUUUAGCCAACGCACAUCCCUUAUUCUACAUGAAAGAAGUCAUACUGGAGAGAAACCCUAUGAAUGUAAUGAGUGUGGUAAGGCAUUUAGCAGUGGCUCAGAUCUUAUUCGGCAUCAGAGAAGUCAUUCUUCAGAGAAACCCUAUGAAUGUAGUAAAUGUGGGAAGGCCUAUAGUCGGAGCUCAUCCUUGAUUCGACAUCAGAAUUCACAUUCUGAAGAAAAGGCAUAAAAUUAUUUUUAAAUAAAGCAAAGAGGGAUGCUGGCAAAGUAGCAGAGACAAGCAUGGAAAAAUGCAUUUGUCCAUAACAUAAAUUGUGUAAAAAUGGGACAGUUUAAUGAUGUGUUCCAGUUUGAAAGCCAAAGAACAAAAAGACAUUAAUAGUUUUAACCUGAGGAUUUGAAUCAGCUGAGGCAGUGGCUUUAUCAUAGGUCUUAGUUUUAAAGUAGCAAGCUCAGAUGAUUGGCUCAGUUAUUUUUAAUGAAGAGCAUUCUUCAUUUGAUAAACAUCACCAACACUUUACUUCCAGUGUAAUUUUAAACUAUUUCAUUGGUCAGAUACAACAAAGUGAAUUGUAAAUCUGUUUUUUUCUGGAUGGAGCUUUGAGCCUAACUAAAGAUCACAUAAAGAGUUUGAGUUUGUCUCUUAGAACCAAAAGUACCACACAGAAUGGAUUUCCUCCACAAACUAGGGUACUACUUUGAGCUGACAGAUACUCGUGGAUGAGAAUAAAGAUUGUGUGGACUCAGUUGUGUGGAGCAGUAGAGUCAUUAACAUACUCUGGAUAUGAACAUAUAUGACCUUCAGGGUGUGAAAAAUCUAAUGAGCCUGGACAAGCUAAUUGGGAGAAAAAAACAAGAAGAACGAGGAACUUCAGAGCAGGGAAAAAUUGUUGUUUUACUUGGAAAUGAAUUUAUAUUUAUAUGAAUAAACAUUGGUAUUUUCAUAUAAGAACACUGGUGUGCAACAAGUGAUUAGCGGAGAAUGGGACGACAUGGACCAAAUAUGUCCUUCCAAAAUUGGUGUGUUUAAAACCCUAAGCUCUAAUGUGAUGGUAUUUGGAUUUGAGGCCUUUGAGAGAUGAUGAGGGUUAGAUGAGGUCAUGAGGGUGGAGCCCUCAUGAUAGGAUUAAUAUUUUUAAAGGAAGAGACAUCAGAGAACUUGUUGAUUCUCUCUCUGCCAUGUGAGGACACAGCAGGAAGGUGGCUAUCUACCAGCCAGGAAACUAGGCCCUCACCAGUAUCCAACCUUGUGGCCUCCUCAUCUCAGACUUUCAGCCUGCAAAACUGUGAGAAAUUGCUUUUAAGUCACCCCAUCUAUGGUAUUUUGUUAUGGCAACCCCAAGACUCAUACAUGAGAAAAAACCUGCUUUGGUGUGCUAGGCUUUUUUCUUGUCAGUUUUUUACCGUAUGUAUAAUCGUUUUCAGUCCCUCUUUCCAGUUUGUGCAAAAUAUGUAAGAAAUAAAGUCAGAGUUCUCUUUUGUAAUUGA